CCUACUUACCUGCGGUUUCAGCCCCAAAGCUGGACUCGAAUGAGAAGUGACGCCGCCGCAGAUACCGUCGGUGCAUCCCCUGUUGGUUUGACUUCUUGUCCCACGGUGGAAGUGCAUCCGAAAGACAUUGUGGUCGUAAAGACUGUCAGCAGAAAUUCGUAUCACCAUCCAACGAUCCAAGAGGUCGACGAAAGGUUGCGCAGCGGCGUCGGUAGCAUGGGCACGUUCAACUUCGUCGUAGACACUGGCGACACAAGUGGGGCGAUAUGGUUACCGCAACAGAGAGAAGACGACGCGGCGGCGGUGGUCCUCGCAGGACAGGACGCACUUGUUUAUGGCGAUACCGUCGAGCUAUUUGGCACCGUUCCUUCGAUAGGAGGCGGUUGGGAGGAGCUACCGGUGGGGUUUCUCCCGCUCGGGGUGACUGGAUUGGUGAAACCAUCAACUUCCGACGAACAGGUGCUAGCACUGCUAAAGCAUCACACAUCGUCGCGCCCUAUUUCGCCUGCGCGAUUUGUCGUCCUGCCGCCACCCGGGGAGAGUGCCAUCAUACUGGGCAAAACCCCCGUUCCCUUCCACGAACCUGUGGUAUUAAUGACGUUGGUGGACUCGGACAUGGACAACUCGACACCCCCUCCUGUCGCACUGAACAACAAACUUACAGCGGGUGUGAACAACUUGAUUGGCAAGCGGCCUCGAUCCCUCACAGGCGUGUCGACCAAGGGCGAACUCCACGUCGCGUUUGAGCGACCGGAUGCUGCGCCAUCGCGUCCCAUCAGCGCCCUCCACGAGGUACAAUUCAUGAAGUGUUUGUGACUUGUUAGUAUAGUAUACGCAUGCUCAAGUUGGCGAUACACUGUUUUGACUUAACUUAGUAUUGUCCACAGCAACCUGCAUUGUUGUCCUUGUUGAGACGAGUGACGCUUCGGAUUGUCACCACGAAUCGAGUGCGGCACACAUAUGAUGGUCAAGCCAUCGGGCACUGCCCACGCACUGGUGUGCUUGUGUGCGGGCACAAGAAGACGAUGUUUGAAUUCACACACAAGCUGCAUCCCGCCGCAGUGACAUUUUGCAUUGCUAAAGUCAAGAUGAUGACUUCCUCGAGAUAGACCCGAGCACUGAACGCCUGCAAUGUCAGCGAUGGAGGGGCACAUGCACAUCUUUCACUUUAACUAAUGAAUCGACAACCAACAGGAACAUAAACAAAAGAGUUUUACGCAACUUGUUCGUUUAAAGCGGCAGCGGCGGCCACCGCCGCUUCCCACGCCUGACUUUCUUCCCAAUAACUGAUCCAUACACAGUUCGGACAGCUGGAGCCGCAGCAUUCAUGGCUCGCUGGAGGCUCAGGUGCUGGCUGAUGGGCAUGUGGAUCGGCCAAGCCGACGUCCUUCGCCGCUACCCACGGACGGUCCAAACUGUUGGGCAAUUGAAUGCGGAACGGAGUUUUUGGGUCGGUGGCCGAUUCGUCCGAGAUGAUCUUGGCAAUUUCAUUCGGUUCCCGGCCAAGCGACGCAGACAAGCUGGGUGACAAGAUCACGAGAUCCCUCAGAGCUGGUCGCCGUCGAGGGAGCUGCGCGGAGAAGCUGACUGCGCGGAUCUGUGGGCGUCCAAGUGCGACUGCCAGCAUGCCUUUCAUGUCGAG